UCGAUGGUGCUCUGGAAGUUUCUCAGAACUACCCGUCAGUUGUAGUGAUCGGAACGUGGAUCGUCAUGACCAUGUCAACUAACAUUCUAAUCUAACCAACCUGGUAAACAGCGUGGACGUCUGCUGAAGAUUGCAAGCGUGACAUGCCGAAAUACUCAGAUCUUUGGAUGCACUGUCGACAUUUACCUUAGAGUUAAGCUUCCAGUAUCUUUCGGAAAUGUUUGGAUGUCUAGUAGCUGGUAGAUUGGUUCAGACUGACGCUCAGCAGGUGGCCUCCGACAAGUUUGUGUUCAACCUGCCGGACUACGAGAAUGUGAACCACGUGGUGGUGUUCAUGCUGGGCACUGUGCCCUUUCCCGCGGGCAUGGGGGGCGCCGUGUACUUCUCCUUCCCCGACUCCACGGGAGCGCCCGUGUGGCAGCUGCUCGGCUUCAUCACCAACGAGAAGCCCAGCGCCAUCUUCAAGAUCUCCGGCCUGAAAGGAGGCGUAGGUGGAGAGCACCCCUUUGGAAUGAUGGCAAUGCCCCAGGCGGGCAUGUCUGUCGCACAAGUGGGCGUGUCCGUCGAGACCCUGGAUCAGCUGUCACAGCAGACGCCAGUGUCAAGCGCCACUGUUUCCUCGGUCGACUCCUUCACACAGUUCACUCAGAAGAUGCUAGACAGCCUGUAUAACUUCUCCUCAUCCUUUGCCGUGUCUCAGGCACAAAUGACCCCCAACCCUACAGAGAUGUUCAUCCCCGCCAGUUCCAUCCUCAGAUGGUAUGAGAACUUUCAAAGGAGAAUGGCACAAAAUCCAAACUUCUGGAAGACGUGAUUGGCUGAGGCUGUUUUAAAAGUGACCGACGAAAGAGAAGAGACCCCCCCCCCCCGCAGAACUGUGUGCCUUAAUGGGGGCAGGACAAGUUCUGUGUGCUGCAGAGACCCUCAGAACCUCAAACACAAAGUCCUUUUCCAGCACUGUUUAUACGGAGCUACACAUCCUCUUUGCAUGCUGCCAA